CGGAUGAAUCGCAAAAGUGAAGGAAAAUUAAUGAAAAAUAAAUAAAAAUUUUUUUUUGAGAGAUAAUAAUUGUGGAUUAUAAGUGAUAAGUGCGGCCAAAUUCAUAAAAUGGAUAAUUUGAAUCAAAAGAAAAUAAACUUUCGUUAUAUCGCAUAAAAUUAUAAUAAUAAAAAAAAUUCAAAUGUCAUGCCGAAACCAAACUCAACAGAAAUGACAGCUAAUUUAAAUCAACAAGAAGCUAUGUUAGCGAAUUCAUCAAAUACAAAUUUAAAUUCGAGGGUGGUUGAGGCACAGACGACAAAAUCAAAAGGAAAACUUUACGUUGACGAUGAGUGCGACGUGAUUGGUGAUUUAAUUGGACAUUAUGGAAAAUGGCAGUGUAUGAUGACAUUACUGUUAUCUUUAUUUCAAGUGCCAAAUACGUUUCACAUUUUCUCACCAACCUUUCAGGCAGCAGACAAAGAUUUUUGGUGUAAAAGACCUGAACACUUACAAGUUGAGAGCAACUUAACAAGUAUUAACGCAUGGCGUGCAAUAUCAAAUUCUUCAGAAAAUUGUCAAAUGUACGAUUAUGAUUGGACAUCUGUGUCGCUACAACAAAUUCAUCAAGAAGGAUUCUCAAUCCAAAAUAAUAAUCUAACACAAAUGGUAGAAUGUCACAAUUGGGAAUAUAACAUGACAGAUAGCUUGGGUAAUACAUGGAGUAGUGAAUGGAAUUUAGUAUGCGAAAAGAAAUAUCUUAAGAUUGUAGCCGAAAUGAUAUUUCUCAUUGGUGUUGCAACAGGAGGAAUUGUCUCUGGGAUGUUGUCUGACAAAUUCGGACGUAAAAAGAUGCUCUUCAUAUCGGCUGUAUUUCAAUCAUUUUUCGGUCUUGCAUUAUUUUUUGUGGAAUCAUUUGAACUUUAUUUAGUACUACGAGCUCUAUUAGGCAUUGCAUCAGUGUCUGUGACAUAUUCAGGACUAAUAUUGGCGAUUGAGUAUGUGGAUGGCAUUUGGCGUACAAUUGCCGGAAUGUACAACUUGUUCCCACUGCCACUUUCUUACAUCAUGAUAUCAGGCAUCGCUUACUUAACACAAGAUUACAAAUAUUUACAACUAUGUAUAGGAUUGCCCGGUAUAUUUUUAUGUCUUCUAUGGUUUGUGGUUCCCGAAAGUCCACGAUGGCUACUUUGUAAAGGAAAAAUAGCUGAAGUAAAGGAAGUGCUUCAAAGUGCUGCCAAAUUCAACGGUCGUGAACUUCCAGAAAAUCUCGAUAAAUUUUUAAAGCCACCGUCAAAUGAGGAAUCGGAAUCAGGUGUCAGUGAACUCUUUCGUACAAAAUAUCUGCGAUUAGUAACAUUUUGCUUCCUUUGUAUUUGGUUCACAAUGAAUCUCGUCUACUAUGGUCUUGUGCUGAACAUGAACAGUUUCGGAGGGAACAUUUAUGUCAAUAGUGCACUCGCUGGUCUCGUAGAAAUUCCAGCUAUUGGAAUAGCGAUGUACAUCAUCAUGAAAACGGGAAAGAAAUGGCUUUUCUCAGCUACAUUCUUUGCAACCGGAGUGUCAUGUUUACUUGCUGCAAUUAUUGAAGGAAAUGCCGGAAUGUUGUGGCUUAAAAUCACUUUUGUCAUGAUUGGAAAAUUCACGAUAAGUGCUGGAAACACUAUAAUGCCAACUUACACAGCUGAAUUAUAUCCAACGUCAAUUAGAAACAUCGGAGUUGGAGCAUGUAAUGUUGCUGCCGGCAUGGCACUAAUUCUCACACCAGCACUCUCGGAAUUGAACAUAAUUGGAGGUCACUGGUUGAUGACUCUUUUAACUGCAUGGAGUUGCUUCGGAGGAUUUAUCAUUUUAUUUUUACCAAACACCAUCGAGAGAGCACCUCGACCAUCAACGACGGAUAGUGAGGAAAGAUAAAUAAAUAAAUAAUUUUAUUUUAAAUGGACGAAACUUGAAUGAUUCAACUCCAAUUAAAAUUAUGUAGUAAAAAGUCUUUUAAAACAUCUUGAUGUCGUCUCAUAAAAUAAACAAAAACAAAAAAAUUCAAUUUUAUCUGGCAAAAUCAAAACAAAAAGAUGAAGAAUAUGAAAAAAAAUUAAAAAUAAAAUUCAACGAAAAAUUAAGAGUUGUCAAUUAAAUUAAGAAAAAAAUUUAACAGACAUUAUUUUAUAAUAUUUAAAAAAAUUGAAAUUGAUUAAUGUCCUAUAAAAAAAAUAGAAAAUAGGUGAAAAGAUAACUUUUCGGUGUUCAUAAAG